AUGGCUCACCACCCGCCGCCUAUCCCACAGAAUCAUGCCGUGCCGUACAGUAUGGUGGCGGCACCCCAGGGGAGUCCUCCAUUGUACGCUGCCAACAGCUACAUGCCAAGGCAUGAUAGCCAAAGCACGGUCUCGGACGAAAACAUGGCCCCUGCGACAGGAAAGAGCGAGACAGCUGCCAAAUCGCAUCAUUGCGGUACUUGCUCGAAAGUAUUUGCACGACGCAGUGAUCUUGCCAGGCACGAACGGAUACACAGCGGUGACAGGCCUCAUGCCUGCGAGCACCCGGGCUGCAACAAGUCAUUUAUACAACGAUCUGCCUUGACUGUCCACGUCAGAGUCCACACAGGAGAGAAACCGCACCUCUGUGCUAAUUGUGGGAAGCCAUUCUCGGACUCCAGCUCCCUCGCACGGCACCGGCGUAUUCACUCGGGACAGCGUCCAUAUAGAUGUCCCUGGGCAAAUUGUCAAAAGACUUUCACCAGACGUACCACACUAACGAGGCACGAACUUCAACAUACGGGCACCAUGGAGCAAGCAGCCGCCGAGGUUGAAGCGAAAUUAGCACCAGCUCAGCCUCGGAAUCAACCUAUUUACGAGUCCACCUCAGGAGGCUCUUCGAGAAACUCGACGGCGUCGCCCGCUGAUAGAACCUUGUCUAUGUCCCCGCAUGCAGAGCUUCCACCUCUCGCCACUGGCAUGCAACGACAAGGGUCGGACUAUGGAUUUUUACCCCAGACCCAUUCCCUUCCCCCUCACAUGCGCUCUGACUUUGGGCCAAACUCCCCCCGAUCGACACCACCUUUGACUAGCCAUUCUCUUCAGAACUAUACGAGUGCGCCACAACAGAGACCAGUCACUUCUCAUCCGCCAGCAUACGGACCACCUCAACCUUUGGAGCCUCCCGCCAACGGCACCGCCAGUGGCAGCACAUCUCCUCACUUGGGAGCCCUGGUAUGGGGGUCACCGGGUGGCGGAACGCUGCCGACACCGACCUCAUUGGACAAUUUUGGUUAUCCGGAUCCUGGCUUCGGUGGCCAUCCGCUCUAUUAUCCCGGAAGUGCUAUUCGGAGACCACAAAGCACUGAGCCAGAGGACUAUGGUCUUCGACCUCGUCAUGGUCACUUGUCUCACCACGUAUCCCUCCCGGCCGAAUGGACUUCAAUGCCACUGACUGUCCAAGACACACGACAGGAACGCUACGUCAUGUAG